AUGGCCGAGUCGGAAGACCCUCUCGUCCAGGCUCUCCCGCCUGCGACCGAUUACCUCACCUACCUGACCCUCUUGGAGUACCAAUUAACGCCAGCACGCCUACCCGUCCUCCACAAACUCCUCCAGGAUGAGACCCUGACCACCAACAUCGGCUGGGACUUGGUCCAGAUGCUGCUGCCCAUGCUCCCUCAGUCUUCAGAAUGUCUGCAGGACAUUGCCCGUCUCGGUAAUCCACGCGAGGUGAUCCUACGUGUCUCCGAUGCGCUCAUGCAGCUCCAACCGGAGGACGAGGACGAUGAGGGGGGUCGGUUCAUCGCCACCUCUCUACAAGCGGCUCUCGAAGCGUACACUUUGAUGCCAACGAGUGAGACAACAAUGUCUCUACUUGAGUUCUUCCGCGAUGUAUCGCCCUCCAAACGACCCGCCCCUCCACCCCGUGCCGCGAGCGAGUCAUCUGUGUUACGUGUAUCGGAAGCCUCAGCGCCGGACCCGGAGGCAGAAAGUCAAUCAACAACCCCGGCCGACAACGAAGAACCAGCACUGGUCCGUAGGUUCUUGCAAUUCGGGUUGAUCGAGCUUGUCAAGUCGUAUCUCUUGAGCUUCUCCAGCCCCACGGAUCCUGGCAUGUGUUGGGCGAUCAGACUACAGGAGAAGCUGCGUCCUGGCACACGCAUGCCUGGCGGGCAAUCCCAGACCGAAGCCUUUUCUGAAAGCAAAGAAUUGCGCGAGAGAGACAUGAUCAUGGCAAAGAUUACUGCCCUGUCUCGCGAUUUCGGCCUGGAGGACAAGCUACUCCUCGAGAUUGUUUCGCUACCUUCAGAGAAUCAACCACCCCCGCUUGAUUUCGAUGAACUACCCAAGAAAGCAGACCAAAUCCCGCUAGAAAGACAUGGCGCUCUCCUUCUCCUUGCAGCCCGCGCUGCGAUGGCCGAAUUGUUUUCCUCUGGACAGGUCAUUCCAAUUGCCGUCUUCCCUGACCUCGCCAAUAUAUUUGCCAAUUUUGUGGGCGGGUACAACACACCGGACGACGUCGCGUUCGGGCAACCGCAGGCUUUAUUAGAUUCUCUGCUCACACUAACCGUGUUUUCGAUGCAAAAGACAAUCGGGACUCCAGCCACCGAGCGCGAGUUCCAGGACUUCAUACUGGCUCUGACUGCAUGCACCGCACGUCAACACUUCAGCAGUGUCCGGCAAAUUCCUGGAAUCAUCGUGCACAGUAACCCGUCGCCGACGGCGCGCUUCAAGAUCAUCCGGAACGUCCUGGAAGAGGAAAACUACCUAACUGUCAAGGAUAGUGCGAUUGGCUGGCUCCAGAACGAAAUCCUCUCAGCCGUGAAUGAGUCCCCUACCGCCGAACCGAGCAUUUUCCUCAAUCCGCACUACUUCUCAGUCCUCUUCCCGUCGCUCUUCAACCCCGCUCAGCUCCUCCUCAACGUCUCCUCCGACAUUGUCGCUUCGUGGAUCAAGUUCUCUCAAAGCCUGGUCCCCUCUAUCCACGCGGCCCUCAACCUGUACUACAUCCUUGUUUCGUCUGCAGACCUUCGCAGCCGACUCCAGCUCGGAAAGACAUACUUAUUUUUCCGUAACCGGUUCCUCGAGCCGCUCAAGACACUGCUCCACGCUUUCCAGGCCGACCUGACGCAGAACGGCGGGGACGGGAAGAUCGAGUCUGCUGUUGGCGAGGACAUGUGCCACACGGGCAUGGCGCGGUCAGUGGAGCUGAUCUCACACGCAUUAGAGCAGGUCGAGGACGUCGUUGGUGACGCCUUUGUCGUCUCGGACGCGGAGCUGCAAGAACCGAGUGCGGACGACAUUGCGCGGGUGGACAAGAUCCGGAAGGCGACGGAGCCCUAG